CGAUCCGUCGGUUGCUCAGCGAAAACGCGACGCCUGACAGCGACGCUUGCAGCUGAGGUACCUCGUCGUACCGCUGGCUCGAAAAUGGAGAGCGACACAACUAUCCGGAGAGUAAAACCCUUCGGGACACACAAUUAUGUAGCGCAAGAUAACAACGGUUCCCGGGACCAGUACGGGGAUAACGGUUACAGCGGGGCGCCGAAGAGAAAACCCGAAGUCAGCUUGUACCUGCUGCGUGAAGGGCUGGCAUCUUCCUUAGUCUGUGUGUUUAUUUUGGUGCUGUGGGGACUUGUUCAUUUGUCGUUACAGCAGCUCGUCAUUGGAAAGCCGACCGGCGAGUUCAACGCAGUGAGAGCUAGACGGCAUUUAGAGCAGAUGACCAGUGUUGGCCCACGGCCAGUGGGUAGCCAGGAGAAUGAGGUACUGACAGUCAGCUACUUGUUGGAGCAAAUUGAGAACAUCCGGGUGGAGACUUCAGCAGGCCCUCACCAGCUCACUGUGGAUGUGCAGCGCCCCACUGGAUCUUUCUCUAUUGACUUUCUCGGAGGCUUCACUAGCUUCUAUGACCGUGUCACCAACAUCGCUGUGAGGCUGGAGCCCAAGGGUGGGACCCAGCAUCUGAUGCUGGCCAACUGUCACUUUGACACAGUCGCCAAUAGUCCAGGUGCCAGUGAUGAUGCAGUGAGCUGUGCUGUGAUGCUGGAAGUCCUCCACUCUCUGGCCAACCUCUCAACUCCCCUUAACCAUGGAGUCAUCUUCCUUUUUAACGGGGCAGAGGAAAACAUCCUUCAGGCCAGCCACGGUUUCAUCACCCAGCACGCAUGGGCCAAACAGGUGCGAGCCUUCAUCAACUUGGAGGCCGCAGGUGUUGGUGGCAAAGAAGUGGUUUUUCAGACAGGCCCGGAGAACCCAUGGCUGGUCCAGGCCUAUGUUCAUGCAGCCAAGCACCCAUUUGCCUCUGUGGUAGGCCAGGAGGUGUUUCAAAGUGGCAUCAUCCCCUCUGACACUGACUUCCGCAUCUACAGGGAUUUUGGGAACAUCCCAGGUAUUGAUCUGGCUUUCAUUGAGAAUGGUUUUAUCUAUCAUACCAAGUAUGACACUGCUGACAGGAUUCUGACCGACUCCAUACAGAGGGCUGGUGAUAAUAUCUUGGCAGUCCUGAAGCACCUGGUAAUGUCAGAGAAGCUGGCGGAUUCCUCUGAGUAUCGCCAUGGUAACAUGGUGUUCUUCGACCUCUUGGGGGUCAUGGUGGUAGCUUACCCGGCUCGUGUUGGCACCAUUCUUAACUACGUGGUCGCUGCAGCCACUUUCCUCUAUCUGGCUAAGAAAGCCUCACUGCCUGGCAAUGGGGGUGGUCGAUAUGUUCGAGACUUGGCCUUUGCCACAGGCGUAGCGGUGCUGAGCUGGUUUGUCACCCUGCUGUCAGUGCUGAUCGUUGCCCUGCUUGUCACUCUGCUGGGCCGCUCCAUGUUUUGGUACAACCACUUCUAUGCCUCCAUCUGCCUGUACGGAACUGCUGCCACUGGCAAAAUGAUUCUAGUUCACACGCUGGCCAAAAACCUCUACUACGGAGGUGUCCGCCUGGUGGAGCUGGGUGAUCUGUACUUUGAUGUGAGCUUAUUGCUGUGGUGUUGCAGCCUGGUGUGGCUCAGCCAGCAGGGCCUGUGCUCAGCCUAUGUCCCAAUGCUAAUGGUGGCCUUCCCCCUGGCCACCCGACUGCUGCUGGCCAACGAGUUUAAGCACAGAGGUAAAAGCUUGUUUAAGGAUCCACAGCACACAGGAGAAAACAUUCACUUACAGUGUACGUCUCAAUUCUUUCAGAGCAAGAGCCCCACCCUAACCACAGAAGGAGGACUCUCACACCCUGUGAAAGAAGCAGACGGGGUCAUCAAGCUGGACAAAUUAUCUGUAACAGUGAAAGUGGACGAAUUGGAGCUACUGACCACUAAGAACGGCUUUGUGAGGAACAGCAGCAUCAUGUUUAUCAUCGAAAAGUGGCAGCUUUGUGUUUACGUUCUGGUGCAGCAACAGCAGGAUCACUGA